ACCUAAUUUUGUCCUUCCCGACUCGCCGUAUAGGAUAACUAACGCACAAUGUUGUGACUGAGACGUCUUUCCUUGAGCGCACGUGAGGGCACCAAGGCGCACAAACAUAUCAUUUUCACAGUUUUUAUUUUUAUUGCACAGGUUUAACUUAUUCAUUUUGAAAUCCCGGCUUGGUGUUUUGAAUUUGGCGAAGGACCAGCGUUUCCCGGGAAGACAGCCGGCAGCGUAAACUCUCAGUUUCAGUCGAAAGCUUGUAGUUAACAUGUCGGCCGCGCCGAACGACUCCAGGAAGCGCAGCAAGAAGCGCUUUGUGGCCGGCCACAGCAACAGCAAGCGGUGGAAGGGCUCCCGGGAGCUGGAGGUGGGCAUGCAGGGGAUCCUCAUCACCUGCAACAUGAACCAGAGAAAGUGCACCGCGGAGGCCUUGGACCUGCUCAAUGAAUACGCCGAGAAGCUCUACGGGCCGGAGAAGCUACCAGAUGCAAACGGAGGCAGCAGUGAAGAAGAGGAUGUGGAUGUUGCACUCAAGAAGGAAGUUGCACAGCUGCAAGCAUGCAACACUAAACAAGAGAGACGUUUCCAGGCGAUUGAAAGUGGAGCCAACAAUGUCAUCUUCAUCAAAACUCAAAAUAUGGAACCUGAAAAACUCAUUCAUCAGAUUCUGACGGACCUGCACACCAGCAAGAAAAAGAAGUCCCGGGUCAUCCUCCGAAUGCUGCCUGUCACUGGAACAUGCAAAGCCUUCCAGGAAGACAUGGUGAAAUACCUCACCACAUUCUUGGAGCCAUGGUUCAAAACCCCCAACUGUGCAACUUACAAAAUUGCUUUCAAGGCUCGCAACAGCAGCCACAACAAGAGAGAUGAAAUCAUCAAAUCCAUCGCAGGCAUUGUGGGAAAGCUGAACCCGAAAAACAAAGUGGAUUUGACCAACCCUGAACUGACCAUCAUUGUGGAGGUCAUCAAAGCUGUGUGUUGUAUCAGUGUAGUAAAAGACUAUACACUUUACAGAAAGUACAACGUUCAGGAAGUAGUGAAAGAAGAGGAAGCUAAGCCCAACGCAGCAAAGCCCAUUACAGACACGACUGAGCAGGAGGAGCAGGCGGAGGAGGUGAAGGAGGAGGAGGAGGUGGUGGUGGUGAAGGAGCAGGAGGUGGAGGAGGAGGAGGAGGAGGAGUCAACAGAAACGGAGGACAAAAAUGUGUCGCAGAACAACGAAGAGGCUGAAAACGGAGGCAAAUGAGAAGCCAACACUCUUGUUAAGAUGUUAACUGUUAUUAUAGUGAUUUGAUUUGAAACAGACUUAUAACUUGGUAUCUCUAAGUACUAGGAGUAAAAAGACUUAGAAGGGUCUCCAUCUCAUUUUUUUAACAUCCAUAAACACUUGUAGACUAAACCGGGAUCCGGCCUCCGCUCUAUUUCAGGUGCAGCUGUUUAGAAUGAACUGUAUAUAUAGUAACACUUUGCAGCGCUGUGUUUCUCACGCCUGUUUUAAUUCAUUCAGUGUGUUUCUAAUUUCAUGUUUUUACCUUUGGAGAAAAUGGGAUCUUCUCAGUUUAGAUGUUGACCCUCAAGACACAAUCAGGGAUCAGUUUGAAUAAUACUGAAUGGAAGCCAUUGUGAGACUCGGGUCAUCUUUGAUAUCUGUGCUUUUGUGUUAUUUUCCAAACAACUUCCUAAAUUAAAGAAACCACUGAGUACAAAUCA